AGAACUGAACUAAACAAACGAAAAGAUAAGCAUUGAGGGAUCAAUCUUACAACCAUUGAAGCAUGUCUUCGUUCUCGUACCUCGGCAUUGCAGCAUGUCCUCGUCUUUUCUCGAUCUGUGUUCAUCCUACAUCAAAUACGAAGUUCGAAACAGAAACCCUUAUCCAAAAUCAUGUGCCCUUAUGGAUGAUUAUGAUAUGAUUCCUACUUUGUGAUUGAAAGAUGAAGAAGCAGCUAUAUCAUUUCUCGUUCGCUCUUUCUCACGUUCCCGAAUCGCCAAGCAAUCUCAUUACAGUAAGGUCAACAUCCACCACAUCUCUCCAUCUCCAAAUGAAACGCUGCAAUCUCUCCAUCUCCAAGCUCUGUAAGGAAGGAAAAAUCGACCACGCACGCAAGCUGUUCGACGAAAUGCCUGAACGAGAUACUGGCCUGUGGACUACAAUGGUUAGUGGGUACAUCAAGAGUGGCAUGAUCAGGGAAGCUAGGAAGCUGUUUGAUAGAUUUGAUGCUAAGAAAUGUGUGGUUCUUUGGACAGCUAUGGUUAGUGGGUACAUCAAGUUCAAUCAAGUUAAGGAAGCUGAAAGAUUGUUUCAUGAGAUGCCAGUGAGGAAUGUUGUGUCUUGGAAUACAAUGAUAGAUGGGUAUGCAAGGAAUGGGCUGACCCAGCAGGCUUUGGACUUGUUCAGGAGAAUGCCAGAGAGGAAUGUGGUUUCAUGGAAUACCAUCAUCACGGCAUUGGCACAGUGCGGGAGGAUUGAGGAGGCACUGAGGCUUUUUGGUCGGAUGAUGGAAAGGGAUGUAGUUUCUUGGACUACCAUGGUUGCUGGUUUGGCAAAAAAUGGGAGAGUUGAUGAUGCCCGAGCGCUGUUUGAUAGGAUGCCGGUUCGUAAUGUGGUUUCAUGGAAUGCAAUGAUCACUGGUUAUGCUCAAAACAGGAGGUUGGAUGAGGCUCUGGAGUUGUUUGAGAGAAUUCCUGAGAGGGACAUGCCUUCGUGGAAUGCUAUGAUCACGGGUUUCAUUCAGAAUGGGGAGUUAAAUCGGGCAGAGAAGUUGUUUGGUGAAAUGCCACAGAAGAAUGUCAUUACUUGGACUGCAAUGAUGACAGGCUAUGUGCAGCACGGGCUGAGUGAGGAAGCAUUGAAGGUAUUAAAUAGAAUGCUGGCUAAUGAUGGCUUCAAACCCAACACUGGAACUUUUGUGACUGCAUUAGGUGCUUGUAGUGACUUGGCUGGCCUUACUGAGGGACAACAGAUUCAUCAAUUAAUUAGUAAAACAAUUUUUCAGAAUAGCACGUAUGUGGUAUCAGCAUUGAUAAAUAUGUACUCGAAAUGUGGGGAGUUGCAUAUAGCUAGGAAGAUGUUUGAUGAUGGGUUGUUGAGUCAAAGGGAUUUGAUAUCUUGGAAUGGAAUGAUUGCGGCCUAUGCACACCAUGGUUACGGGAAGGAGGCAAUUAAUCUGUUUAAUGAAAUGCAAGAGUUAGGUUUCCAAGCUAAUGAUGUCACCUUUGUUGGACUUCUCACAGCUUGCAGUCAUGCUGGUUUAGUUGAGGAGGGGCUUAAAUACUUUGAUGAGAUUCUGAAAAGCAGAUCUAUACAACUGAGAGAAGAUCACUAUGCAUGUUUGAUUGAUCUUUGUGGUCGUGCAGGAAGGCUGGAAGAAGCUUUCAAUAUAAUUGAGGGGCUUGAAGAGACAUCAUUGACAGUUUGGGGAGCGCUCCUCGCUGGAUGUAAUGUGCAUGGAAAUGCUGAUAUUGGGAAGCUUGUAGCUAAGAAAAUUUUGAAAAUUGAACCAGAGAGUACUGGCACUUAUUUAUUACUUGCAAAUAUGUACGCUUCAGUAGGGAAAUGGAAAGAAGCUGCGAAUGUUAGGAUGAAAAUGAAGGACAAGGGCUUAAAAAAGCAGCCAGGUUGUAGUUGGAUUAAAGUUGGCAACACAGUGCAAGUAUUUGUAGCUUGUGAUACACAUUCUCAAUCAGAGCUGCUAAGGCAUAUACUUAUUGAUCUACAUACAAAAAUGAAGAAGGCUGGGAACAUGCCAGAUGAUGAUUUAUUAGUUGAUAUGGAAUUUCAGUAGUAUAAAUCUGUGUGGGUCAAAGCUUGGAUUAUGCAUUGAAGUUGAAAUGUGGGAAAGUUGACUGGUACCGGUACAUCACACUAUUGCACUCUAUUAAAUUCCAGUUUGGUCUCCAAAACACAAGAAUGAAGUGUGGCAAGGUAAUGACAAUCAUAUUCUCAAAAGAAAAGGUUUGAUUUGAAUGUUCCUUCCAGUUCUUGAGGCCUUCUUUAAACAACUCAUAAAUUUGGACUAUGAAAAAUUCAAAUAAAAUUGUUCAAUCCCCAGCAUUGACACCAACACUAUCCAUGCUACAAUUUUAGAAAGGAGAACUAUUUUUAACAAAACACUUGUAAUUCUCCACGGAAAAGAUAACCCGUAUUAAGGAAGAUCUUAAUGAGUCGUUUGAGAAGAUAAACAUUAAUUGAAGGCAUUGGAUGGUAUACCGUAUAAGGAAGUACAUGUAUUGCUUGAAUAUACCAGGAGUUUUACGGUCAGAUAUAUCAUUUGAUUUUAAAAAAUUGAGUCUUAUUUUCUCCCCCUUUAAUUCCAUAACAUUUCUUACAUCUUGCCAUAAUUCUCCAACAAAGCUUCUUUCUUCAUGGUUAGAGCCAUCAGGAUGCAUUUCUUUUACUUGGUUUGCAGCUACGUAUGUAUCAUAUUGUGCAUCAUUCUUCUGCAUAUCAAGAGGUACAGGGUAUCCAUUAUGAAGCAUCCAUCUAACUGGCAGCUCUUUAUAACUGACACCUGAACUUUCACUAGGAACUGCAAUGCCCUCCAAAAUGUCAAUGAAGUAAUCUGGAGGAUUAAUGCGCUUUGGGAUAGUUAUCCCAAGGCCUGCAAAGUAUUCUUCAACUUUCUGGACUGAUCCAUGAUAUACAGUAACACCACCUUUUGCCAGGAGUAUCAAGCCAUCAAACAUCUUUAACAAAGCAUAACUGCAGCAAAAAGUUAAAUCAUACCAUUAUCAAGUCCAAGUUUAAGUAUGGAAUAUGAGAUCAGACAUUAUACUGACUUCUCAUUCAUAUUUUCCAGUUUUCUAUGCGGAGAAACAGGGGUAUGUGAUGGAAAUUGACUCAGAAUAUCAUAAAAAGCACAGAAAUAGAGGUAUUUAUCUCCACUUCUGGCCCAAUAUAUAGGUGACUUCAGGACUAGGAAGUGUAUUCACAUAUAGAACUCUCAGAAAGUGAAAAGAAAACAAAAGGACACCAGGAAGGAACUGAUAGUGAAAGGAAGAGCAAUGAUGCCUAAGGAUCUCAAAAACUUGUGAAACGAAAGCGUGAAAAGGUUCAGUUUUGUGUCUCUAAAGAUCCUGUUCAGUCUCAUUCUAUUCUUUCCAGUGAUGGAUGCCUCUCUCUAUUGAAGAGGAGACGCGUUGAUGGUAAUCAAGACGAUCAGCACUGGACUCAGUGAAGAGACGGAUGGACUGCUAUAGGACAUAGAUUUUAUUUUGAAAUUGUUGUAAUUGAAUUAGUCUUGUAACAGUUAUUUGAUAUUAAUUUGUAACCCUCCACUUAUUUUAAAAUCUUUUAUGAAAAUUUAGUUAU